AAGUAAAGUGAAUUCAAUUUAGCGGGAGUAACCGCGCCUUAAUCUAAUUUCCCUAAAACCCAAAAAUGGAAAUCGCCUCCCUCACUCAGAAAACAUUUUACUCGACUCUCUCUCCAAAUUAAACCCUAACCCUCAACUUCUUCUCUAAACCCUAUACCAUUGUCUCAAAUCAGACGGAGGAAACAAGCGACACAAAUUGCAUUCUUCAUUCAGUGUUUGCAAUUCUAAAAUCAGCGCAUCAACUUGAUGUGAGCUUGCUAGGUGUGAGUUUUGCUUCCUCACAGGGAGGAAAAAAAGAUGAAAGUUAACAUUCUACAUUGGCACGCUGUUGCUUCAUGGACCUGGGAUGCCCAAGAUGAAACAUGUGGAAUAUGCAGGAUGGCCUUUGACGGUUGUUGUCCUGAUUGCAAAUUACCUGGGGAUGACUGCCCAUUGAUUUGGGGACAAUGCAACCAUGCUUUCCAUCUACACUGCAUUUUAAAGUGGGUCAAUUCACAAACCUCUCAAGCUCACUGUCCUAUGUGUCGUCGAGAAUGGCAUUUCAAGGACUGAAAACGGCGGAUUCUAAAGUCAACCAUAGUACAACUCCUAACCUUCCUUUAUUGUAAUGUAAAUUCACGCAUCAUUGCCUCACUAAUAAUAAAGAAAUGUAAGCCAUUUAAUAGUUGGUUAUUGCUUUACAAAAUCCUAUUUGGAAGAACAACUCACAAACUUUGCUACUGUUUGUGUCGCGCCAUUGUUAUGAUUCAAACUAGAAGGUUUCGGAAUUGUUUGGAAUCGAGAACAAGUUUGACAUUUCCUUGA